UGAGAUGAGAACGCCCCUUUUGGUGUCAUAUUGCCUGCCAUGCACCGAAAUUAAAUUAAACAACGCCGAUUAUCUUCAUGUUGUGGCGAACGUAGAGCAAGUCGACUCGUCUGACAUCUGCAUUCUGAGACAUCAGAAGUUCGACAAGUUGUUUCGACGCUGAGUAAUUAUGUCCAAAGCGACGGGAACCGUGCCGAAAGCCAAAAAGCGGCCGAACCCAUCGGCACAGUUCAAUAACGACGAACAACCGCCGUCGCUUUGGCCCCCAGUGAACAAUUUACAGUCCACUGACUGGCAUGCAGCACGGCAGAGCAACAGCCAGAGGGACCCACCCCCAGCUGCAGAGUUUACCGAGCAAUUUGCUGCAUUUUUAGCUUCAGAAGGAGCUAGUGGAUCACGUGGAACAAGGCAAAGUAUUCAGCACAUGACCACUACAGGAUCUCAAUCAUUUCCAAGAGGCAGAGAGCACCAGAGCCCUACUGAUAUGGAUGGAGAUACUCGAACCAAUGGAAUUGACCACCAACAGAGGUAUCCUGAGGGAGGAGCUCAUGCUCUGCUUGAUGCCACCAAAAACAACAUCGCACGAAUUCCUGAUCGCAACCAAGUCUUGAGCCGACUGAAUCAAAUCCGUGACUAUGUGAAGCAAACCUCAGCAUUGAUGGAUUCCCUGAACGGAUCUACAGAUUCGAGUCAUCUAGCUCAGACUGUUCGCUUAAGUCGAAUGCAAUCAGAAUUGCAAGAAAGUGAGAGGAAGCUUGUUCAGAUGCUAGCUGUCAUUCCUCCAAAUGAUGAGGGCACAACCAAUGGUAAUGCAUCUCCACUGGGUUUCUCAAGUGGAGCGAUUCCCAAAGCCAGGGAUCAGAAUCAGUUGGUUGUCAACCAGCAACAGUCAAGGAGACGUGUGUCCUCGUCAGAAGAGAGAUCUCCAGGCCCAGGACCAACCCCUGCUCAGUACGCGAAACAUCAGGAACUAAAACUGAAAGUGGAGGAAAGUCAAAAAAAGCUUCAAGCUUUAGUGCAGCACCAAGCAGCUCUGAUAUCUCUCCAAGAGAAGGCACAGCAGCAGUUAAGGGAUCCCAAGUCUCUAUCUCAGGAGUUUCUCCGAAACUGGACUGACAGAGCUGACAGCCUUACUGGCCAAUUCCAAGACAUGUCGACAACUGACGCCGUCAGUUUGUUGGGAGACCACGACAAGGAGCUGGAUGCAGAGUUCAUGGCGAUUCAAGAAAGACUUCAAGAAAUCCAUGACCGGAAGAGAACAGUGGAUAGACUGAAUAGGGAUAUGCAGACCCUGCAACUCUCCCCGAGAGAGAACCAUCUGUCAACCAGUUCUGAUGAAGAGGAAGUGGAGCAGGUCACAGCCUCAUUUGUGGAUGUGGAUGCUAAGGUUGAGGAAUUGAACAAUAUGAAAGCUAGACUCGCAAACCUGCAAUCCCUAGUGGCCGCUAUUAACCGUGGAGAAAUGCCAUAUGACUCAAUAAAGACUGCAUUGGCAAGCCAGGAAUCUGAGCCAAGGCGUGAUCAUUCGUCUAGAUCAUCCUCUUCAAAGCCAGACAACACAUUUAGGAAUUCAGACACUCUUCCCAAAUCCAUUGAUGACCAGACUCUGGAGAUUCGACACAAGGCUCAGCAAUUAGACAAGGCCAAGCAGAAACUACAACAGCUGAAAGAGAUUCUCAGUGCAGCAGGACUUGCGGAGGAUGAUCUUGAUGAAGAGGAAUCGGUGAAUAGUUAUUCUAGCACUGGGAGGAAUGCCGAUCAACAAAUACCCAAUCAAGAACUGGAGCAACUGAUGAGGACGUACUUGCAACAGCCCAAGGCUGAAACUACUCCCAGUCCAUCAGUGCCUCAAAGAAAAAACAAGAAUAUCAAGCAGGAUUUAGUGAACAUUGUGCAUGAUCCAACUGGAAGCAGCCAGAAAGCUUACAUGCAAGCCAAGCGCCAAGAACUGGAAGAAAUGAUGCGUAAGGAUCAGGGUCAGAGUUCAUCUUUAAAUCAGGACACUUGCAACGCAUCAGGCAUUACUGUCUCUGACACUGGGGCAACUUGGGGAGGCAGCAUGCUCUCCUCCGUCCAACCUCAAUCUGAGCAGCAACAGAGCAUAAACUGCUCAAGCGAUGAGUUUUUCUGGGAAACUGAUUUGAUGGGUGCCAAUGGGCCAACCACGCAUCCACUGUACAGCUUGGCUGCAACCACUAUGCGUCAAGUGCAAAACUCUCAGAAAAGUCCAGCUGCAAACAAAAAUCCUAUCUGGCCUGAACCUCCUUUGGAGUCGUCAACGCCAAUAUAUGACGUUCCUCCUCGUUCUGGCAGCAGCACUGCCACUCCUCGUCCUAUGGGGGAUGAAGCAUCACCUCAUGCUCAGUGGUGGCUUUUGCAGCAACAACUUGAAGCUUCAAAUGCAACAUGCCAGAACAUGAUGCAGCAGUGGCAGUGGGGCUCUCCUUCCCCUGAAAGUUGGUGGAUGUCUAGCCCGAUUGCUUCGCAAAUGAUGACAACAUUGAGCCAGUGCUGCCAAAUGCUGUGGAUGCAGCAGAGGGAGAUUAUGAACUUACAUGCCACCCUGCAGUCGAUGCAAGAUAGGAUGGUGUGCAACGAGCAAAAUUUGAGUGCCAAUUUCCAGCCACCUCCAUUCAACAAUUCUGCUGAGGUGAACGCAUCUGCUUCCGUCACUGGGGCCCAUUCGCUGCCAAAUCUGUGUGAGGGGCUUCCUCAGUUCAUGAUUCCGCCCAGCGCCCACUUUCCGUGGCCCCCGACCCAAACCCCAAAUAACGCUUCAGCUCUGCCCACUUUGAUCCGACAUGGCCCCCAAGUUACCCUCAACAACCAAGUUCCUCCAGGCGUCAGAGCCAACAAUUAUUGGGACAAUUUUCGAAGCUAUUCUCGUCAGAAUCUACUGUCAACCAACACGAAAGUGAAUGAUGGUCAGAUCCAGCAUCCCAGCCCUUUGACAGACAGAUCUCAUAACUCACUCAGAAACAAUGGAGAGAGCCAACCCUUGCCUUCUAGGAGCUCAGGUCAGCAGCCAAGGAAGCAAAAGCUUAAUUCAGAGAGGCCACCUGUUCCUUCUCAGCAAGCUCCACUAAUCCAAUCACAUUCUUUAAGUGGAAACUUGCCUGCUGAGCAACUGUUUUCUGAGCUCGCCUCGUUGGUUGCCCAGAACCAAAGUCACCCUGAAUUUCUGCCUCAGCUGUUCAGAGAACUCAAGACUCUGAGGUGCACUUCUGACUGCCAAAGGGUAUUGAACAGCAUAAGAGAAAUUGGCAGACAGGAUGAGUUGCUGCGCUCUGAAGAAGCUAGUAACAAUCGAUCUGAAACGCCAGAAGGUGCCGCUGCUUUGCCAUUCAAAUCACCACAGCGGCAGGUCAAUGAGAACCAGGUUGACACUAAAAUCCAGAGUCUGCUGCUGCAGCUAAUGCCAUUUUUGAAGAGCAAGCGCGAUGACUGCUGCACUCCUUUACUCCUCGAUUUUAUCAUACAGAGAACUUUGAGCCAUGUUACUAUUACUCAGCAACCAGCACUCAACUCGUUUGUGCACGGACAACUCCAAGGACGGCUCGCAGACGCUCUUGCUAAAUUCCAAGGCUGUUGGUUGCGAGAUGUUGGAGAAGAAAUGCUGGCCACCGUUGCUGAAGUUCUCUUGAAGGAACUGGCGUUCUUUAAACUUUUUGAGAACGUUGUUGAUCAAGGGGGAUCGGCCACGUUGUUUGCCAACGCUCAGAAUGACGCUCAGACCAUUAACUCUGAUGCACUCCUGCAAGACGAGCAGGUUGAAUCAAGUGACUCCGAAAUGGGCGAAGCGGCGGCUCCUCCGACGCCCCCACAGCGUAACUGCUGGCUGCCCCCCAGCUUGAGGGAGGCCACCAAGGUUGCCAUGGAGGCUAAGACGGAGACUGUGGAGGUUGACUUGUGUGAUGGAGACUUGGCUGAAGCAGACCAGAGCCACGAGGUAGCUGUGCAGGAGCCAGAUGGCAGAGGAAGUCAAGCAGAGGGGACUGAUACACCUGAUAUGGGCAGGCAACUGGACAGUUUGGAGACAAUCAACCUGUCAGUAGAGCAACCACCAACUGCAAAUGAUGAAGUUUGGCAGGUGGAGCAGGACCGAGAGCUGGACCAAGUGCCAUCAAGAUUAGAGCCUGGAGAGACUUCCCAGCUGCCUGGACCUCCAUCAGGUCAACCUUAAAACUCAUGAAUACUCUAAUUUUUUAAAAUUUAAUUUCAGCAUGAAAGUAUUUGGUCAUAUAUUUAUGUUCAGUCAAUAGGCGGACCCCUUGUUAACAUUUUAUUGGCAGCUAGCCCUUAAAACUAGUAAAUUAGUUCCUGCCAAGAGUGGACUGACCGCCAUCCCUCUAAAAGUAUUCAUGCUAAAAUGCUUUGAGACUUUCUGAUAGCUUACAGCAAAUUCUAAAGAUAAUUCUAAAAUAUUUAUAACAAGCUUUUCAUAUUAUAACAGCAUGAGGAAAUGAUAAGUUCUGAUGGUGAAAUUUUAACACUAAAAUUUGUCAGAAUUUUGCUUGGAGCUUAUUUUAUGAUAUCUCUGACAGCUUGAAAUAUUAAAUACAGGAAUUACUGAAAUGUAAUAAAACUUGAAUAUUUUAGCCCAAAA